CAGAGCUGCGCGGAGCGCGCGGGACCCCGGCCGCUGCCGCCGCCCCCGCACGCCGCGCCCGCGCCCGCAGCGCCGCCGACUCCUGCAUGACGGUCACCAAGAUGUCCUGGCGUCCGCAAUACCGCAGUUCCAAAUUCCGAAACGUCUACGGGAAGGUGGCCAAUCGGGAGCACUGCUUUGACGGGGUCCCCAUCACCAAGAAUGUGCACGACAACCACUUCUGCGCUGUCAAUGCCCGCUUCCUGGCCAUCGUCACCGAGAGUGCAGGAGGCGGCUCCUUCCUCGUCAUCCCCCUGGAGCAGACAGGCAGGAUCGAGCCCAACUACCCCAAGGUGUGUGGUCACCAAGGUCAUGUGCUAGACAUCAAGUGGAACCCCUUCAUCGACAACAUCAUUGCCUCCUGCUCAGAGGACACGUCGGUGAGGAUCUGGGAGAUCCCUGAGGGCGGGCUGAAGCGGAACAUGACAGUGGCGCUGCUGGAGCUGCACGGGCACAGCCGGCGUGUGGGGCUUGUCGAGUGGCACCCCACUACCAACAACAUCCUACUCAGCGCAGGCUACGACUACAAGGUCCUCAUCUGGAACCUGGACGUGGGUGAGCCAGUGAAGAUGAUUGACUGUCACUCAGACGUGAUCCUCUGCAUGUCCUUCAACACAGACGGCAGCCUGCUCACCACGACCUGCAAGGAUAAGAAGCUUCGCGUGAUCGAGCCCCGCUCCGGUCGUGUUCUGCAGGAGGCAAACUGCAAAAACCACAGGGUGAACCGGGUAGUGUACCUGGGAAACAUGAAGCGACUGCUCACCACGGGGGUCUCCAGGUGGAACACCCGGCAGAUCGCCCUCUGGGACCAGGAGGACCUGUCCAUGCCUCUGAUUGAGGAAGAGAUUGACGGGCUCUCUGGCCUCCUGUUCCCUUUCUACGAUGCUGACACCCACAUGCUCUACCUGGCUGGAAAGGGGGACGGAAACAUCAGGUACUACGAGGUCAGCACAGAGAAGCCCUACCUGAGUUACCUCAUGGAGUUCCGCUCCCCGGCCCCACAGAAAGGCCUAGGGGUCAUGCCCAAGCACGGGCUGGAUGUGUCGGCCUGCGAGGUGUUCCGCUUCUACAAGCUGGUGACUCUGAAGGGCCUGAUCGAGCCUAUCUCCAUGAUUGUGCCCAGGAGGUCGGACUCCUACCAGGAAGACAUCUACCCAAUGACACCCGGCACGGAGCCAGCUCUGACCCCGGACGAAUGGCUGGGAGGCAUCAACCGGGACCCCGUGCUGAUGUCCUUGAAGGAAGGCUAUAAGAAGUCCUCGAAAGUGGUGUUUAAGGCUCCCAUCAGGGAAAAGAAGAGCAUUGUGGUCAAUGGAAUAGAUUUGUUAGAAAACGUCCCACCCAGGACAGAGAACGAGCUCCUGCGAAUGUUCUUCAGGCAGCAGGACGAGAUCCGGCGGCUGAAAGAAGAGCUGAUCCAGAAGGACAUCCGCCUUCGGCAGCUGCAGCUGGAGCUGAACAACCUGCGCAACAGCUCCAAGAACUGCUAGCCCUCCCUGGCCGCUUCGGAUGCCCCUGACCCAGUGACCACAGAGACACAGCCAGGACUGCAACUGGGGGCCACCUCAAGAACUGGAAGCCGACCCUUGACCUCCUGACCUCACGCUCAUACCAGUCCCCAGCCCCUUCCCUGCCAUCCCAGCCAGACUUCCCCCGACCCUGGAUGGGGAGCAGGGUCCCAGCUGACGAGGAAGUUGAGCUUUGCCCACAGAGGGGCUGCAGGACCUGUCCAUCCUAGAACCCCAGGCCAGAGCCCUGCCUCUUCCCAUCUGCUCUUCUUCCCCUC